UUGCUUUUUCCCCAUAUAUUUUAAUUGGUUAUUCGAAUGAUUGACUUGCGUCUUCUUCCAUUCAUAGAAUCGUGUGUGCAUGCGCCUGAAGUAGGAAGUAUCACUUAAUAAUUUUUCGGAAACUCUGUCUGCCAGUCCCAGACCAUGAACUACGUGGGGCAGCUGGCGGAGACUGUGUUUGUGACGGUCAAAGAACUAUACCGGGGCCUGAACCCGGCCACACUUACGGGGGCCAUCGACGUCAUCGUGGUGCGUCAGCCCGACGGCAGCCUCCAGUGCUCUCCGUUCCAUGUGCGCUUUGGCAAGCUGGGGGUGCUGCGCUCCAAGGAGAAAGUGGUGGACAUAGAGAUCAAUGGGGAGCCAGUUCACCUGCAAAUGAAACUGGGGGACAAUGGAGAAGCUUUUUUUGUGGAGGAAAAUGAGGAUUUUGAGUCCAGAGUGCCAGCCCACCUCUGCACGUCGCCCAUCCACAUGGAGCUGCUGGAGGUGGCCGAGGAAACCUUAGAGGGGCUCCCCAGUUCCGGAAGCACACGAAGGAAAAAGAGGCGGCGAGUGCGCAUACGCUCCGACUCCCACCUAAGAGAAGAUGGUAGCUCUUCGUCCGACGAAAGGGAGAGAGCGAGGGAGCAGUCAGGAGAACAGGAGAGCCACUCCAAAGAAGAGCCCAGCACGCCCAUGCUUGCCAGUAAGUCUGUGUACUUCUCGCUGUCAGAGGAGCCGCAUGAAGAGUUGGUGGCCGUGCAGACCAGGGACGUCCACCCUCACUCUGAUGGAGAGUGGUCCCCCUCAGAGAGUGUGUUCUAUAGUCGUCCUUCCUCCCCCAAGAGUGACUCUGAGCUGCUGGUGAAGCCUCCGGAGUCUUCAGGGCCUCCGAUGCAGUGGAACUGGGGCGGCUUUCCCGAGAUGUGUCCAACGGAGAGAGGGAGGGUGGAGGUGCAGCAUGUCUCUGCUGGCAUCCACUGCUCGGACAGCUCCCACUUCCGCACCAUCCAGCGGCAGGACUCCUUCGACAUGGGCUUGGAGCCCGGGGUCCACUUUGUCCGAGAGAGCAGUAGCGUCACGGUGGUGGUCAGGCCCACGCCCAGGACUGGACCAGCGGUCCAACCCACAGAAAGUUCACGCAUAGACCUGGAGAGAUCCUCCAAUAUGACCCACUCCACCCCGAAUCACCACACCUCAGAGCCGCUAACAUUGGCAUCAUUAGCGAUGGCUAGCAUAGAAUCGCCCCAAGCCCCAGGGCCUAGAAAAACAAAAACGCAGCCACAAGUAGAGACCCAGCAGGCAGGGGAUGAAGUAGCCGAGGAGUCCCCAUCCAACCCGGAGCUGGAAGACUCCAGAAACUCCCUGGCUAACACAAUUAGUAUGGCUAAUGUAGACAACACUGAUAGACAAGCUAGCGAAGAAAGCACAGCAAAUGUUGAAUGUGUAGCUGACAACAUGGUUAGCCAAGUUGAAAACGACUGUAUAGACACACAUAUCCCAUCCAUAAAAGGUAGCAAAGCUGGCACAAAUAGCGCAGACAGGCUAGCUAGCGACAGCACAGCUGCUUUAGAUAACAAGGCUAGUUUGGCUAACACAACUAGCUAUGCCAGUGCAGCCAACUUAGGUCUCAUUACCACAGAGUACCUGGGUAGCAGAGCACAACCAGAACAGCACAGUGCCUUUCUAGAACCCAAUGGACAAGGGCCAGAAGUUGUCUUGAGUGAGGGUGGCAGCGGGAUUGAGCCCUGCACCGAGGGAGGGGAGAACACAGAGAAUGGCUCUGUAAUGAUGGACAAAGCCACAGAUUGCUCCCUGACCAAUCAGGCUGCAGAGAGUGUCGGAGUGACAGACUUGUUAGCCACUGAGGCUCUGGGGGAGGAGCAGUCUAGCUCAGCAGAGCACCAGGACAAGAAGAAAGGUAAACGCAGUCAGCACCUUGGACCCUCUGACAUCUACCUGGAUGACUUGUCUAACCUGGACCCAGAGGUGGCAGCUCUCUACUUCCCACCUAAAAGUGAGGCAGAAGGAUGCUCGCGGCUCAGUGCGGAGCAAGGGUCCGGUUCUGGUAACCAGUCUCCCCAGUCGGUGGGCAGUGGGGCCAUGGACAGCGGCACAGAGUACCUGUCUGACUCUACCACCGACCACAUGGACGUUACAAUGUCCCUCUGCGGCCAUACCGGCCACACCAGUCAAAUCAACAAAGAUCAGUUUAUGGAGCACGUUGUGAACUACCAGGAUUUGGUGAGCAACCCUGGAAUCAUCGAAGAUCCAAACCUGGUUAUCUGCAUCAACUCAAAGUAUUAUAACUGGGCAGUGGCUGCCCCUAUGGUCCUGUCAAUGCAAGUUUUUCAAAAGAAUAUACCAAAGAGUGCCAUUGACCAGCUGGUGAAGGACAAGAUGCCCAAAAAGUCUGGCCGCUGGUGGUUCUCCUGGAGGAGGAAGGACAUGGACACUAACUCAAACCAGACUGGAGAGAACUCUAAGCAGGACCAAGAGGAGGCACAGACCAAGAAUGAUGUCUCAACCUCUAUGUCUGUCACUGGUCCCUCAACAACCAUACUGGCGACUCUGGAUGACCUGACUAGUGACGAGGAGGCGGGCCUAGGCAGAGUGGGCAACCUAUCAUCAGAGACCAUAAACACUGCCCAGUGUUUUAGCCAAAUGUACCGCAAGUCCCUACGCCUCACCUCCGAACAGAUAGAGCGGUUGAACCUGCGUGAGGGGGCCAACAAGGUUAUGUUCAGCGUAACCACUCAGUACCAGGGCACCUGUCGCUGCGAAGCCGCCAUCUACCUGUGGAACUGGGACGACCACGUCGUCAUCUCAGACAUUGAUGGCACCAUCACAAAGUCUGAUGCCCUGGGUCAUAUCCUACCUCAGCUGGGGAAAGACUGGACACACCACGGCAUUGCCCGUCUCUACCACAAAAUCCACCAAAACGGAUACAAGUUCCUCUACUGUUCGGCGCGGGCCAUCGGCAUGGCUGACAUCACUAAGGGCUACCUGCAGUGGGUGAACGACAAAGGCACCGUCCUCCCCAAGGGCCCCGUGCUGCUGGCCCCCAGCAGUUUCUUCUCUGCCCUGCACAGAGAGGUGGUAGAGAAGAAGCCGGAGGUGUUCAAGAUUGCCUGCCUCACCGACAUCCGAGACCUGUUCAACCCCCACAGGAAGCCCUUCUAUGCAGCCUUUGGCAACAGGACCAAUGAUGCCAAUGCUUAUAAGGAAGUGGGUGUCCCUGACACCAGGAUCUUCACUGUGAACCCCAAGGGAGAGCUCAUUCAGGAGAAGAACAAAGGGAGCAAGUCCUCGUACAGUCACCUGAGCGAGCUGGUGGAGCACUUCUUCCCUAUGAUCUCUGAGGAUGGGAGGUCGUCCUCCUUCGACUUCCCCGAGUUCAGCCACUUCUCCUACUGGAGAGAGCCCCUACCACCACUGGACCUGUCUACUCUGGAUUAGACACACACACACACACCAUGGGACCUGUCUACUCUGGAUUAGACACACACACACACACACACACACACCAUGGGACCUGUCCACUCUGGAUUAGACACAUGCACACACUUGCCACUGGACCUGUCCUCUCUGGAUUAGACACACACACUCGCCACUGGACCGGUCCACUCUGGAUUAGACACACACACUGUCUGGGGCGGCAGGUAGCCUAGCCAAAAAGGUUGCUGGAUCGAGUCCCCGAGAGGACGAGGUAAAAAUCUGUCGUUCUGCUCCCGAGUAAGCCAGUUAACCCACUGUUCCCCAGGCGCUGAAGACGUGGAUGUUGAUUAAGGCAGCCUUCCGCACCUCUCUGUUUCAGAGGUGUUGGGUUAAAUGCAGAAGACACAUUUCAGUAGAAUCCUUUCAGUUGUACUACUGACUAGACAACUGUACAACUGACUGGUUUUCCUUUCUCCCCUCUCAUCACCCCUUUUUUCCCCUCUUUCGAUCCCUUUGAGUUCAGAAAUAUUUUUAAUUGAUAAGCAUUGAUGGCCAGGAAUAUUGUAGAUGUGCAAGGUUCUCAUUUAAUAUACUCUGUUUUAUGUUGAUUCAUCUGAUGCAAUUGAAAACUAAAGUUUCUAGCUUUCAGCUAAAUGCACAGAUGACACUGCAUUUUACUCAACACUAUAGACUUCAUAUUGUGCAAUACAAAAAGACACUGCACUGGCCAUACCAUAUUGCCAUUAUCCAAAUGAUACUGGCGCAAUGUGCAUUUGUGCUGCUCAACAAUUCCAGUUAUAUUUACAUUUUAGUCGUUUAGCACAGGGUUUUCCAAACUUUUUGACUCGGGCCCACCUUUCCAGUAUUUGGGAACAUCCCAAAUACAUUCCAGGGUUGAGUAAAUUGACUGUUUGGGUAAUUGAAAUGGCCAUGUUCUGGUCUGAAACGGUGCCUUUUUGCUUAUGAUUUAUAUGCUUUCAUAUUUAAAGGGAUACUUAGGGAUUGUAUCUACUUCCCGAGGGUCAGAUGAACUCAUGGAUACAAUUUGUAUCUCUCUGUGUACAGUUUGAAGGAAGUUGCUAACUAGCACACGUUGUCAGUUGACUGGAUGUCUAUUGGUAUCUGCUACCACUUUGUGCUAAUGCAAGUUAGUAUUGGCUCACAAAACUACCUCUAACUUCCUUCAUACUGGACACAGAGCCAGAAGCUGUAUUCGAAUACCCAUACUAACAUACUUAAUGAGUAUAUACUAUUAGUUCAUUUUAGUAUACAUACUGUAAACGUCCUUUCAGGUGAGCGUACUAGCGCUUCCCCUGUCUACCGCAACUUCUUGCUAGCAUAACAAAUUACUAGCAAACAAAUUACUAGCAAGACAUCUUACGAGUAAAUUCAACAUGGAGUGCGCUCUGAGCGUUUGUAAAUUCAGAGCGUUGUCAGAUUGUCCUUUCAUAAAUUCAGAGCGUUUCACUCUGAGCUUCAGAACACACACUGGAUACAGGCCCGUUCUGACCACACAAGGGCAGUCAAACAUUCAAGCUAACGUGCUAGCUACUUCCAGACACAGAUGAAAGAACACCUCACUCUGACCAUUUACUCGCCCAAGCAGAGCUGGUUUUCCAGAGCGUUGGUGACCGUGCUGCUGGAAACAAUCUAAUUAUGCAUUUUUUGGCCGAUGUUCACUGUCAGUGGCUAUAUUCAACUGGGGGUUGAGCGUUAGUAAAUUCAUCAGUUAUUCUACGCUCUGCCACAUGUGCACUCAGACGAGAGUGCUCUGGAAUCAAAGUAGAUGGCCAGAGCGAAUUUAUGAACGCACAAAUGUCCAUUGUGAACGCACAAUGACUAUACCACUUAGCUAAACUAAGAAUAACGGGAGUAAUCAAGUCACUAAACGUUGGGUAGUUAGUUAGAUAGCAUAUAGUAAAUAUACUGGCAAGUUCGAUGUAUUAGUAGCCAACUAACCUUAGAUAGCUAGCUAACAUACUGGUACAUAGUUCUGUAAUGAUAUGCUAUGCGCAUUGUAAGGAUGGUGUAGCUAACAAAUUGUCAGCCAAUAAGGUAACUUAUUUGAAAAGUAAUUUAUUACAUUUCUCAUGUUCUUGAGCGUUUGUCAUAAUUAGUUAAACCAAUGAAUUUGUAUCCGCUCUCGGACUUCGGCUGCUUAUUUUCUUCAAGUCUGAAAAUGUUGAAGUCACGCCCAUUUUCUGAAUAAUUACAUUAUAGGCCCUUAAGCACGGAAAGAGUGUCCACUGCGUGUAUACUUCGUAUUUUGACAAAUGUAGUAUUCGAACACAGCUAUAGACAUGGUAUCUACGAGUUCACUGGAUUCUUAAGAAGUAGAUAAAGGGCCUCAUCGGCAUUUUGGCAAAGUAUCCCUUUAAUUAUAUUUAGAAAUAUAUAUUUUUGUCAUCCUAAGUGAUACCAAUUACUCUGUUUAGAGAGACAUUGCAUUGGACCCGAAGAUCCUUGUUAUUUUCAAAUGAUCUACUACACUGAAGACAAAAUGUAAAGUGUUGGGCCCAUGUUUCAUGAGCUGAAAUAAAAGAUCCCAGAAAUGUU